UUGAAGAGGGAGCUCCUUUCAGUUUGCAGUAAUCGCUCAUCCAGGAGCCGUGUUGCACUCAGGGAUAUUUGGGAUUUUUCAGCCUGGAUUCUUUAGUUCGGGGUCGUGCUCUCGCUGACUUCCUCUCUUGCACAGCGAUUUGUGUGUGAGGACGCUGCAUGUCUGGCAUGCAGACAUGGGCCCCUCGUUGCACUCUAGGAUUAUCAUCUGCCUGGCCCUCACCUUGGCUCAGGUGAUCGCCGUGACCUGCCAAGAAGAUACUAAGAAUGACACCUGCACAGAAAAUGGAAAAGUCUAUGCCGACAAUGACAUGUGGAGCCCGGAGCCAUGUCGGGUGUGUGUGUGCAAUAAGGGGACCGCCAUGUGUGAGGACGUGGUUUGCGAGGACCUCGGUGACUGCCAAAAAACAGUGACCCCAGAGGGCGAGUGUUGCCCUGUGUGCUUGACUGCAGCUUCAACAUUGAUUCCCAGUACAGACCUCGCAACAGCUGCAGAUGAGAAGAAGGAGGAAAACUGCAAUGUCAAUGGGGAGGUCUACCAUCACAAUGACAUCUGGAAACCCGAACCUUGUCACGUGUGCGUCUGUGACAACGGCGUCACUGUCUGUGAUGAGAUACAGUGCGAGGUCCUGUCAAACUGUGAGAAGGCUGUCACGCCCGCGGGAGAGUGCUGCCCUGUGUGCGACAACUUCGCAAGUGCCAGCAGGAUGAUAGAAAUUAUGGGCCUCAAGGGGCAAAAGGGUGAACCAGGAGACAUCCCAUAUGUGGUGGGGAUUCCUGGACCUUCAGGACCCUCGUAUUACACAUGA